AAACUUGUCCAUUUACUCAUUUUAUUUAUCAAUAUGAAAAAAGUUAUGAAGCAAAAGAUAAUGAACGAGAUAUAUAUAUACAAGGAUUUUUUAAGCUAAAAAAGCAAAAUCGUAUUGGAAAAAAAGAAGAUUCUAGUAUUAAAAAAAUAUUACAAGUAGAAAAUAUUAUUGAAAAAAUACAUUUUGAUGAUGUUAGUAGUAUGAAAGAUUCUAUUAUUUAUUGUAAGAAAACUUACAAUAAAUGCAAGAUUCAUAAUCAACAAUUAGUUGAUUUGGAUGAUCCAAGAAGAAAAGAAAAAGGAAAUUUGAAUUGUAUCUGUAUUUGGUAUAAUAAAAAAUGUAUUUCUCAAAGAAUAUUGGCUAGAUAUAAUGAAGAUUCAGGACCAUUUGAAUAUUUAAUUGAAUCAAAAGAAUCAAAAUACAAUAAUAAAUCUAAUGAAAAAUUAUCUGAUGAUGAAGUAAUUAUUAAUAAUGCAAAAGAUCAAUUGAAAUGGGCUAUUAUUAAUGGUCUAGCAAAUAUUACAGCAAUUAGAAAAGCAGUAAAAAGUUUAGAAAGAAAAAAGAUGAAACGAUAUUGGAAACCUUAUAAUAUGUUCUUAUAUUCAGACAAUAGUCGUGUAGGAAAAGGAUAUUUAUUAUCUGUAUUGUUUCCAAAUGCAUAUAAAAGAAGAAACAAUAGUGGAAGAUUUUGGCAAAGUUUUACAAGUUCAUAUAAAGAAGUUUUGGUAAAUGAAUUCAAAGGUCAAGAAAAAUAUUUAGAAACGUUGAAUCUUUUAGAUUGUAAGGAAUAUUCUGUUCAGAUCAAAGGUUCUGAUAUUAAUUUUUGCCCUUUUGUAAUUGCAUAUACUGCUAAUACAAUUGAUAAGAGCAAAUAUAUCCUAGGACCUAUUAAAUUAUAUUAUCCUGAUUUAUAUAUUCCUAAUAAUAGAGUUUAUGUUGCAGAUAGAGCAAGAAGAAGAUUGAAAGAAAACCCUCUAGGUCAUGAACAUGGAAUUCCAUUCUUAGAAUUAAAUAAAAAUAAUAUAGAACAAGAUAUUAUAACUAAUGAAGAGAUGCAAGAAGAAAUGGAAUUAGAUAUAGCAGAUGAAGAAAUAUAUCAAGAGUUUGAUAGAAAAAAUAGAAAUAAUCUAGAAUUCAAAUGUAUGAAAAGUUUAUUUAAAACAGUAUAA